AUGGUGGACUGUCGACUAGUUCUUUUUGUUUACAGCUAUCUGCUGCCUUUCACCAAGGCCCAGGGGAACUAGGCUGUGACGUGCAGUCCUGCAUCCCAGGUUGCAAUUUCCCAACCUGAAAAUCUGCUCGCUCUUUCAGCUUCCAAGAGGACGGGAUCCUCAGACCCCGAGGAAGAGAGCAUUCUCUACUCCAACCGAGCGGCCUGCCACUUGAAGAACGGAAACUGCUCGGACUGCAUCAAAGAUUGCACUUCGGCACUUGCCUUGGCCCCCUUUGGCAUGAAGCCCCUGCUGCGACGGGCCGCUGCCUACGAGGCGCUGGAGAAGUACCCGCUGGCCUAUGUGGACUAUAUGACUGUGCUGCAGAUUGACAAGGGUCUGACGUCAGCCCUAGAAGGCAUCAACAGAAUGACCAGAGCACUCAUGGACUCCCUGGGUCCCGACUGGCGCCAGCAGCUGCCGCCCACCCCCGUGGUGCCUGUUUCGGCUCAGAAGAGAUGGGACCCCACGUCUCCGGAGAGUCACAGAGAUGCUGCUAAAAAAAGCAAACCCAAAGAAACCAUGACAGCAAAGGACAAAGGUAGACCGUGACUCUGCCCCAGAGGGCCUGCCCCCCCCCCCCAUGUUCUUUAGAGCCAGCCGUCCUGCGGAAGGUCUAAGCUCAGUGACACAACACCUCUCCCAGUUAGGCUUAACCCCUUACAGACGGCUCCCAGUUGUCCAGGGAGGACAAAGAGAGCAUGAUCCUGCCCGGCAGCUGCCAGGGUGAAAUGCUGUAAGGCCCGCGGCUCAUAGUAUCCCGUGUCGGGUCCCUCUCUCCCCGCUGGCAGCAGUGGGUGGAGAUGGAUCACGUAGCAAGCAUGCCAAGAACACCAUACUCAACGCCAAGUGGCAAGAUGACGAUAACUGAAGCUUCAGGUUCAAGCAACGAUUGAUCCAGCCUUCCCCUCCCUCCCCAGGCUCUGCGCCAUUUCUGUUUUUUUUUAAAUCUUCAAUAUUUCUCGGCACCUUUCUCUUAGCCCUCUGUUGUCUUCACCUAGUGGUAAAACAGCGACAGCGCUUCCUGGCCUCAGGUCUGUGCACACACCUCCUCGCAUGGGAACCAAAAUGACUAGCUCACUGCCCUCGAGUCCAUGCCGACUCAG